GGGUUGGUGUUGAUGACAUGUUCAUCAUGAUUGCUGCCUGGGAACAAAGUUUAAAGAAAAAAGAGAAAUCCAGUGUUAAAUCUCUGCUGGCUGAGACUUACACAGAGGCAGCACUUUCUGUGACCAUCACCACUCUCACAGAUGUUUUGGCCUUCUUCAUUGGCACCUGGACUGCUUUUCCAUCUGUGAGGUCCUUUUGCCUCUACACAGGCACAGCUUUUGUCUUCUGCUAUGUGUAYACCCUGACCUUCUUUGGGGCAGUUCUGGUAUUAAAUCACAAACGGGAGCAGGGGAACCGACACUGGCUCACUUKUAUGCCUGUGGCAGUAGACAAAGAUGAGGCUGAGAGCUCCUGCUUGUACAAUGCUUGCUGUAUCGGCAGCUUCUCUGGGCAGCCAUCUCAGCCAGAAGGUGAGCAUCCAAUGAGCAUAUUCUUUAGAAARUAUUAUGGCCCUUUWGUUACAAAUAAAUGGAUCAAGCUGCUCCUGGUAUUGCUGUAUGGAGCAUAUUUGGCUGGCAGUGUUUAUGGSUGUACUCAGACCAGGGAAGGCAUCGAUCUCCGAAAUCUGGCAAAUGACRAUUCCUACGUUAUUCCSUACUAUGAUGAUGAUGAGAAAUACUUCUCGACAUACGGACCCAGGGUCAUGGUUGUCAUUACUGAGAGUGUAGAUUACUGGAACGAGACAGUUCGUCGUGGCAUUGAGAGUUGUGCACAGAAUUUAGAGAGCAUUUCCUAUGUAGAUAAGGACUACUCAGAGUCAUGGCUGAGAGUAUACACUGAACUGGCCGAAUGGGGUGUGGUAAAUAUAGACAGCAAGACUGACUUCUUUAAUAACUUAAUURCACUGUUCAGAWWUCKUCCCAGUUUUGAGUGGGACAUAAACAAGACUCAGGAUGAAAUAGAAGCUUCACGUUUCUUCAUCCAGACAGUGAAUGUGACGUCGGCCGUGGAUGAGAAGCAUCUCCUCACUCAGUUAAGAGAAGCAGCCCAGCAGUGCAGCAUUCCACUGAAGGUGUAUCACCCAGCCUUCAUCUACUAYGACCAGUACCUGGUUAUAGUGCAGAACACUGUUCAGAACGUUGUUGUUGCUGCCGGGGCRAUGCUCGUUGUCUCCCUUCUGCUCAUUCCCAACCCWUUGUGCUGCUUGUGGGUGACUUUCGCUAUAGCCUCUGUGAUAGUUGGUGUUGCUGGUUUCAUGACAUUCUGGAAUGUCAAUCUCGAUUCCAUAUCCAUGAUCAACCUGGUUAUUUGCAUAGGGUUUUCAGUAGAUUUUUCUGCUCAUAUUUCCUAUGCCUUUGUGACGAGUGGAGAGUCAUCAGCCAAUAAAAGGGCAAUUGAAGCCCUGGCCCUGCUGGGUUAYCCAGUAUUWCAAGGUGCAGUUUCCACGAUAUUAGGAGUAGUUGUCUUGGCUGCAGCAAACACGUACAUCUUUAGGACAUUCUUCAAGAUCAUGUUCCUUGUCAUUUUGUUUGGGGCUGUUCACGGCCUUGUUUUUAUUCCAGUGUUUUUAACAUUUUUUGGAAACUUUGGCACAUCAUCCAAUACCAUAUCUAAAAAACUAGAGAUGAGCUUGAGUAAUUAUAAAGAUGAUUCAUKACAAAGUUGA